GCUCCUUUCUGACGGGUCUUGUGUUUCGUAUGGCUUCAUAUGUUUUGUUUUAAAAAGUACUUAGGACUAACUAGAACUGUGAAAAAACGCGUGUCGAGAUUCCAUUGUUCUAUUCCAUAGCCUUUCUCUCCGUCCUGUUGGUUGUGCACAAAUUAACGCGUUCUGCGGGUUUGUAUUUAUUUUUCAAGUCCUACGCACACGUGCUGCUGUGAGCAGGAAGUAUGCAACAGGGCGGCAUGGAGGAACGCGAGCAGCGCUCAUGUGAGGAACACAGCGAUGUUGAAGAAUGUGAUCAAACUCGUAGUGACAGAAAUGAUGAUAAUGUAGAAGAUCAGAUCGAACACGAAGAGGACGAGUUCACACUGGAUGAUGUGUUGCGUUUGGGCGGAACCAAGGCAGAUUAUGUCAUGCUGGCUGGCAUCGAUGACUCCAGCGAACUCAUCAAUGGUGGAAAGAAGAGCGCAAUUGAUGAUCUGGAGGAGGGAGAACUCAAAGAUUUCAUCACAAAACUCGGCAUCCAAGCUUAUGCAGAACAACAGAUCAUUCAAGAUGAGAAUGGGCAGGGUGAAACAUCUUCAGAGCCUGCCAAAAAAGAGGUAAAGAAGGCAAAAACCUCCAAAAUGAAAGGGGAAUCUGAUGUGAAACAUGCUGCGAAGAAGUCAAAAAAUGUCAAAACUUCUAACCAAUCUACAGGCCUAGGCCAUGCCACUAGAAAGAAGGCAAAGCAAAAUUCCAUUAACCUGUUUGAGUUUCAUCCACGUCAAACUUUGCUCAUUAAACCAGGGGGGAAGUGGUUUGAUAUCGAGUACACUUCAGAGAGCACGUCCGAAGCUCAGGACGAGUCGCUGGUGUCUCAGUACAACACUUUGGCUCAGCAGCUAUAUGAAGCCGAAACAGCCCUCUACAAAAGCAAGAAGAACUUCCAGAAAGGGGCAAACUCCACUUGGAUGAAGAGUGUCGUGUCCACUGGAACUUUGUCCGACAGGAUGGCAGCGAUGACUGUGCUAAUUCAGGAUGCUCCAAUUCACGCUCUGGAGCAUGUCAAAAACCUUAUAUCCUUUGUUACAAAGAGAGGCAGUCGCAGACAGGGUCUCAUGGCUUUGGACACACUCAAGGAGCUGCUGAUGUCUGAUCUACUUCCAGAACAUCGCAAGCUUCGGACCUUCUCCCAACAUCCUUUUGUGCAGCUGGAGGAACGAGCUAGUGGCAACAGGGAUGCACGGGACCGCAGACUCAUUCUCUGGUAUUUUGAGCACCAGCUGAAGCUCCACAUAGAAGAGUUUGUGGUCGCCCUGGACAAACUCGCCCACGAUACAGUCCAGGCCACCAAAAUGCGAGCACUAGUCACCACCUACGAGUUGCUAUGCAACCGACCGGAGCAAGAGAAGGCGCUUUUGAUACAGGUUGUCAAUAAAUUGGGGGAUCCAGAGUACAAAAUUGCCUCCAAAGCAUCGUACCUACUGGAGACCAUUCUUCACAAACAUCCCAACAUGAAGGUGGUGGUGUGCUGCGAGGUGGAACGCCUCAUUUUCAGGUCUAACAUCAACACCAAGGCGCAGUAUUAUGCCAUAUGUUUCCUAAACCAAGUGAUUCUCAGUCUUGAUGAAGCAAAUCUUGCCGCCAAGCUCAUCACCAUCUACUUCACUUUGUUUCAUGCUUGUAUUAAGAAGAAGGAUGUAGAGUCUAAAAUGCUUAGCGCUCUGUUAACGGGAGUAAACAGAGCAUAUCCGUAUGCUAAGAUCGGGGAUGAUAAAGUGAACGAGCAACAAGACACGCUGUUUAAAGUGGUGCAUGUUGUCAAAUUCAGCACAGCUGUCCAAGCACUUAUGCUGCUCUUUCAGGUCAUGGACUCCCAGCAGACAGUCUCAGAUCGCUACUAUAUAGCACUAUACAGAAAGUUGUUGGACCCUGGAUUGUCAGCGAGCUCUAGACAGAGCAUGUUUCUCAACCUGUUGUACAAGUCACUGAAGACUGAUAUAGUGCUCAGACGCGUGAAGGCAUUUGUGAAGAGGUUACUGCAGGUUAGCUGUGAGCAGAACCCCACCUUCGCUUGCGGUGCUCUGUUCCUUGUGUCAGAGGUCAUGAAAGUCAAGCCAGGCCUCAGGUUACUGCUACAAGAGGAGGGGGACAGGGAGGCAGAGACAUUUCAGGACCUGAAAGAGGACAUGGAUGAUGAUGGUAAGAUGAAUAAUGCUGACAAAGUUGGAGAACUGCAGAGUAAGAAACCUGGCCAGAGGAAGCCCACUGCAUCAUGGGUACAUCACCAAAACAUGGAAGGUGAUCAAAGGAAGGAGGCAUAUGACCCCAUCCACAGAAACCCUUCAUACUGUGGUGCUGAUAACACAACCCUGUGGGAAUUGCAGAAGCUGUCUCAUCAUUUUCAUCCCUCCGUGGCUCUCUUUGCUAAGACUAUAUUGCAGGGAGAGUUCAUUCAGUAUACAGGGGAUCCACUACAGGACUUUACACUAAUCCGUUUCUUAGAUCGCUUCGUAUUCAGGAAUCCGAAGCAAGCAAAGGGAAAACAAAACACAGAUGCUACACUGAUGCAGCCCAAAUACAGGAGAGUGACCAACCAUAUUCAGUCAUUACCCGUGAACUGUGAGGAAUAUCUGGCCAGAGAGGAGAGUCAGAUACCUGUGGAUGAGCUGUUCUUCUACAGGUACUUUAAGAAGCGAGAAACAGAAAAAUGUUUUAAAAGGCCGAGCAGAGAUGCAGAUGACGAGAGUGUGGAGGACGUGGAGGAUGACGAGUUUGAAAAACUGCUCGAUGCUUAUGAAGGAGACAGCUUCUUCACCGAGUUCAAGGAUGAUGACUUGGACUUUGCAGGCAAUGUGAAGCCUAAGUCCAAGAAAGUUGGAGGCAGAGACUCCGAUUCUGAUGUGGAUUCGUAUGAUGAUCUGGAUGAUGAAGAGGUGUCUCUGGGCAGUGUGGAUGAGGAUUACUUUGGAGAUGAACUUGAGGAGGAGGGUGGAGAGUUCAUGGAACCAGAUGAGGAAGACCGUAAAGAAGAUCUCCGUGAAGAAAUGGAGGAUCUGCCGGAUGUCAAAUUGGCACCUUAUAAAGGAAAGCGGAAACCAUCACAGCAGCUCGACUUUUUUGGAUCUUUUGACUCACUACCAGGAAGGAAGAAAAAAAGAAAAACCGAUGAUCAAGCAGUGUUUGCAUCAGCAGAGGAGUUUGGGUGUUUGCUGGAUGAAAAUGCAACCUCUAAGUGUGAUAACAGCAGCAUGAAUGCCAUGGCCAAUGCGGACAAAGCUGAUGUGAAGCAGCUAAGGUGGGAAGCUCAACGGGAUGAAUGGAUCCAUGGAAGAGAUGUUAAAACUCUCCGCAGGAAGAAGGCUAUGUUCAACAGGAGAAAGUUUGGAAUGGCCAGAAAGCCUAAAAAGACUGAAAAAAAAGUGAAGGGCUGAAACUUAUACUCCAGCUUGGUGGACCAGAAAUCCUGAUCUGCCUCCCUUAUGAGAUCCCAGACCACUCACUGGACCUGUAAUAAACUGGGAAAGAGAGAGCUUGGGUCAUGUCCUGUUUCUGUACCAUAAAAAAAAAUGUUGCCCUAGAUUUAUAAAGUUGGAUCAAUGUUUUUUGUUAAUGACAUGGCUGUAUUGGACAUGUGCAGAGACAUCAUCUUUUAAAUCAUAUUUUAUUAUAUAUUCUGUUUGGAAAUUGUGCUCUCAAAUUUUACCAUGUUUGGGUGAAUUGCACAAAAGUCAACAAUCAGUCAAAAGUUUAUAUACCUUUUGAUUGAUUUCGACAACAUAAAUAUAUAUAUUUUUUUUUUUUUUACUACAAGCACACCACAAAUGUCAUGUCCGGAUUAUUCAACCCCCAAUGUCAGGAUUUUGCAGAGCAUCAUUUACGCUUACAACCUCCAAUAAAACUUUCCAGGAAUGGUUUUAGAUGGCCGUGACAUCUCUCUAAUGUAAUUUAACAUUCUUUAGGUUGCUGUGCUGACAUUACUUCCUUUUAAACCCCACCCAAAACAUUUUAUAAAAUGAUCUUAUAUGCAAUAUUUGUAAUGUUUGCUAAUAACUAAUCAGUUAAGCUUAACAUAUACAGUUUUGUUUGGCAGAUGUUCAUAAAAGAAUCAGCCUUAUCUACUGUUGCAUUAUGGCAAGUUUGAGAUUAACAUACAAAUAAGUUUAUCAGUUAAUAUCUAAUGUGCUGCUUUGUCAUUUAUCAAGUAGGCCUAUAUUUUUCUGAUUUCUGUAGUAAUUCUAAAUUCAGUUUUUCAACGCCUGCUUAUGCAUAUGUGUUGUGACAGUAAUUUUACAGUCUCUUUUUUUGCUGUGACUGCCCCUUAAAUGUUUACUUGGGUGCAUGAGGUAUUUUCUAUGCCAUGUGAAUCAGUCAAUUUUAAGACAUAAUAUACAAUCAUACAGUAUAUGUACACCUACUUAUUCAUGUGAUUAUCUAAUCAGCCAAUCGUGCGGCUGCAGUGCAUAAAAUCAAGAAUUUAUGGGUCAGGAGCUUUAGUUAAUGUUCAUAUCAGAAUGGGGGAUAAAAGCAGUAGACCACAUCGGGUUCCACUUCUGUUAACCAAGAACAGAAAGCUGAGGCUGCUGUGGGCACAAGCCCACGAAAACUGGAUGGUUAAAAACUGGGAAAAUAUAGCCCGGUUUGAUGAAUCUCAGUUUCUGCAGAGGUACACAGGUGGUAGAACUACUGCAGCUUUCAAAGUUUUUGGCUUACAGAACUGGAACCCAAUGUGGACUUCUGCUGUUGUAGCCCAUUCGCCCUGAGGUUUGACAUGUCGUGCAUUUGGAGAUGCUAUUCUGCUUACCACAGUUGUGCAGAGUGGUUAUCUGAGUUACCGUAGCCUUUCUGUCAGCUCUGCAUUUCCGUCCGAAGAACUGUUGCUCGCUGGAUGUUUUUGGCAACGUUCUUCGUCAACUCUAAAGACUGUUGUGCUUAAAAAUCCCUGGAGAUUAGCACUUACAGAAAUACUCAAACCAGCCCAUCUGGCACCAACAAUGAUGUCACGGUCCAAAUCACUGAGAUCACAUUUUCCCCAUUAUGAUUGUUGAUUUGAACAUUAACUGAAGCUCCUGACCCAUAUCUGCAUGAUUUUUUAACAUGACCAAGUGAACCUAAUAAAGUGAUCAAUGAGUGUGUGUGUGUGUGUGUGUGUGCAUGCAUGCAUGCAUGUGUAUGCAUGCAUGCAUGUGUAUGUAUGUAUAUGUGUGUAUAUAUGUAUGUAUGUGUAUAUAUAUAUAUGUAUGUAUGUAUAUACACUCACCUAAAGGAUUAUUAGGAACACCUGUUCAAUU